CCCAGAUGUUGGAGCCUCUUCCUGGUGUGAGCGUGUUGACACAUCGCUCCUCGUCCGGGUGCCGAGAACCAGCCGAGAACCAGCUCGUUCCGAUGACACGGUGUCCGAGUGAGGAAGGGGACCCGCCGUCACAAACACAAACUUCUGCCAUUCGGUUGAAGAAGCGGCUCACGUGACGUCGGACCGUGAUCUUCAGUGCAAGAGGAGGUGAUGUUGCCAACGAGCUCACAGCGAAGAUAAAGGUGAAUCAAAGCCACUGCUCCUCUGCCUCUCAAGUCUGUUUCCACCGGGAGAAAAAUGAGGUCUCGAAUGUCCAGGAGGAACCUGCUGCCACUGCUGCUCCUCUUCUUCGUAGUUCUGUCUGUGACUGUUUUAUUAUUACUCUACGGCAAUGAUGAAAGUGUAACCGAUCACGUGGCUCAGGGAAAUGAGGAGGAAAAGGUGAAGUUUAACUUUGGUUCUCCGUCAGACUUGACUCGGUCCGUUUACAACGCAAACUACAGGCAGUAUAUUCAGAAUUUCGACAAGUUUGUUGGGGAGCCUCAGCUGGUGCUGGUCGUGCAGGUCCACAACAGGCCUGAAUACCUCAAGCUGCUCAUCAAGUCGUUGAAGGAAAUCAAAGAGACUCACGGCUUCCUUUUGAUCUUCAGUCAUGACUAUUUUACAGAGGAAAUAAAUACGAUAGUGCAGGGGAUAACUUUCUGCAGGGUACUGCAAAUUUAUUUCCCUUUCAGCACUCAGCUGUAUCCCAGUGAGUUUCCCGGGCAGGAUCCACGAGACUGCCCCAGAGACAUGUCCAAGGACAAGGCUGUGAAAACAGGAUGCCUGAACGCACAACACCCUGACUCCUAUGGGCACUACAGGGAAGCCCUCAUCACUCAAACCAAACACCACUGGUGGUGGAAAAUGCACUUUGUGUGGGAGCGAGUGCAGGUGAUGCAGGGCUACAGUGGGUUUGUAGUGUUUCUGGAGGAGGACAACUACAUCUUACCAGACUUUUUCCACUUCUAUAAGUCAAUGGUAGAGUUCAGCAAGAACAGCUGCCCGGACUGUGACAUGCUGGCUCUGGGUAACCACAAUGGCCUGAAUGAUUUUGUUAAACUGUCCAAUAAGGUUUUGACCACUGGGUGGAUGUCCACGAAACACAACAUAGGCAUGGCCCUCUCCAGGGAGGUGUACUACAAAUUGAUGGGCUGCAGCCACGAGUUCUGCACCUAUGACGACUACAACUGGGACUGGACUUUGCAGCACUUGUCAGGAACAUGCAUACCAAAGCCCCUCAAAGUGCUUGUAGCACAGGGUUCCCGGGUUCUUCACACAGGAGACUGUGGCCUUCACCAGAAGGACGAGUGCAGGCCAGAAUUGGCUUCACAGAGGGCAGAGGAGGGGCUUCAGAGCGUCAAGCAUGCCUUAUUUCCUUCAUCUCUUCUCCUUAAUGGUGCAGAAGCAGUAGAGCACAAGGCACACAUGAAGAAUGGAGGAUGGGGAGACACCCGUGACCAUAGUCUAUGCAAUAACUAUGCCAAGCGACUUUGAACUGUACCUUUUUCUUAAAAGUAGAAUUUGGUAUUCUGCGAAUGAGCAAUCACACAUCACUUUUCAGGGCUUUAAGGCUAAAAUGGUAAAAUGCUAUAAAGAAAUAUAACUAAACAUGGUGCAUGCACACAGCUAGUUUAUUUUUUGUAAUCACCAAAGCUGCACUAUUGCCAAAGACAUUGUGGAGUUUGUGCGUUUUUAAUGCAUGCACAUUCCAACAAGCUGCUCAGUUUCAUUUCAUCAUGUUUGUUUAUCUCUGGGUGUCUCACAAGCCAAAACAUCAGGUUAGAAUUAUUGCACAGUGAUGGUGAAUUAGAAUAAACAACACACACACACAGCAUGAUGUUUAUUCACAAGAGGUUCAGUUUGCUUGUGUGUUGCUUUUUAUGGACCAUUCAGUUGUAAUGAUUUUUACACCUUCUUUUCAUGGUACGGAUUUUAUAUGCAACACCAAAAAGAAUGUUCAUGUAAUGUACGUACAUAGAGGUGUAAUCAAUUGUGCGUGACUGUCUUCAAUGUUAGAUGCUCUGAUUAAUUGAGCAGCUCUGUCUUGGGAUUUUAACUUUGUGUUACUUAAUAUCUCUCUCUGCUCUUACCAGAGGUAUUUUUUUCUGAGGGGAGGUCGACGGACACCACUUGACUUAAUCUGUCUCAUAGUACCCAGUGUAUUGAUCCCAUGUUACAACCUGCAAGAGGUUGAUAUUGAUUUAUUUUUUGUGCAUUUGCUUUCUGAUUGGAGCAAAGUGACCUAUUGGAGUCUGGCUCAAGAUUCUGAUACUGCAAACGUCAGGGUCGUCUGAUUCUGCAUUUCCAGAAUAGCACCUUCAUGGUCAGAAUUUAUGCUGGGAAAUGAAAACAGAAUGAAUUGCAUUGGGAUUAGAUGUAGAGAGAAAGACAGAUUUCUUUUCUUUACAGGCAUUCAUUCAGUAGAUAAAAAAUAUCCCCCUGGAGAUAAACUUUCCCUUUUACAUUAUAAAAGAAUGAGGAAACACAAUCAUAAUGAUGCUGUUGAUGGCUUCAAGAUCACCAAACGUGCCUUUUUAUAGUUCCUCUGUGCCAGACCUGUUUUAAAGAGAUUUUUAAAAGUGCACUGAUAACAUUGGAAUUCACCUUGUACUUUGCAUUGUAUUUACCAAUUCUUGUGACUCAUAAUUGCUGAUGGAUAUUAUUUGAUAGUGUCUUUCUUUACAACAUUUUUAGGGAAAAAAUGUGGAAAUUAAUUUCACAAAAGAAAUUCUUAGUAUAAAGUUAGGUAAAAUUAUGCCUCACUGUGGAAUAUUGCUUGUACAGAAGAUAGUUGCCCCAAAUAAGUGCCCUAACCUGUUUAACCUGAUAUAAGGGCAUCACAAUGUGCCUUAGGGAGAUUCAAGAAAUCUGCAAUGAAUGUGAUAACGGAUAGAUUAUCUUCUGUUCAUGUUGAAAAGCACAAUACAUUUUUAAGAACAUAGAAAAGACACAAAAAUAUACAUAUUAUAAUGAAUUUCUGUGUAUGUGGAUUAUUUUUGUGUGGAUGUCGACUGUUUUUGUGUGGAUGUGGGAUGAUUGAUUAUCCCUUAAUCAGUGAGAUAGGUGUGCAGUUUCAUGAAAUGAAUCCAACCUUUUUUGUUGUCAUUUUUGCUUGUUCUAUUGUUCCUCUCUGUCACUUGAAAUUGCUGUUUAUUGUUCACUUAAUGUUUUGCCAAAUGGAAAAUAAAAGACAUUGAAUGUU